GAAAAACGAUGUUGAUAUUAAUCCUUGACCGGAACUUUGCAAUGUAUUUCAGUGUUUAGUGUCUACAGUUCUUCGUGUGUGAUUUUAUUUACUAUUUGUAGUGACAAGUCACCGAUUGGGACGCUAAUAUUAGACGUGUUGCGACCAACGUGAAAGACGAACAUUUUUCGGCCCCCAAACCAAUCAUGAAUCUGGAUAGAAGAACGUACGAAAUAUACGUUAAUCGGAAUUUGGAUAUUGUACAAAAGAUGAUAACUCCAAUAACGAAAAAAGAAUACGAACUAGAACAACAAAUUGCAAAAGAAUACGACUGUCCAGUCUGUUUCCAGCCGACUCAACCGCCCAUAAUGAUGUGCUCCAACAGCCACAUUAUCUGCCUGAAUUGCUGGAAACAGUGCAUCAAAUGUCCCACUUGCAGGACACCGAAGACUUUCACUAGAGCGUUCGCUCUUGAGCGGCUGCAUCCGCUGAUCAGUUUUCCCUGCAGCUUCGAGGGUUGCUCCUAUACAGCGACUGCCUCCCAUACGGGGAUUCAUGAGCAUUUUUGCCCCUAUUUUCCUGUAAGGUGUCCGCUGGGGGAUGCAUAUGAAUGCCAAUGGGAAGGUAACAUGAAGACCUUGCAGAAUCAUCUAAAGGAGUGUCAUCCAGACAACGUUUUCUUCACAUCACAUGUGGUUUUCCGAUCACGACUGUUUAAACGCUCUCACAUUAAAUCGUACAAUAUCAUUUUUGUGGUAAAUGGUCGGAUAUUUAAACUGGAUUGGGGCUACGAUCUACUCAAAUCGCCUAAAGUAAGAUUUCGCAUGGUGGCAAUUGGCAAUGGAAACCCAAUCGUAAUGUACAAUUUCACGUUGGUUGUUGCUCACAGUUUUCCCAUUGAUGUUUGGAGCAAAUCGUUCAAAUUGUACACUUCGCAUGUGAAGCAAUCGAGCAACAAUUACUCGGUUAUGAAUCGGCGUGAGGAUGAGCAAGUUCAGUACAAUUUCGACGAGUUUUUUGGCCGUCUAGUGCCCUUUUGCGACAAUAACGAUUUGCUGUACUCAGUGAACAUUGAAGUCAGCCAUAUUAGCAUGUCUCAUAGAAACUUCCGAAUUUAGAAUGUGGAUUUUCACGACUUGUUGUUUGAUGCUCAGACACGCGAUUUCCAAUAAUUGCUGAUUUCUAGUUUUCAGGUCCAUGUGGAUAUUCGUUUAUCCAACACGUUUGUACAUAGCUUUCUUAUACAGUCAAGUAAAUAAAAAAACCUCCAAAAUGCUAA